AGUCCCAGCCACACUCACCAGAAGAGAAUCAGGGCUGUCCUGCUGUGACCUUGGAGCAGGAAACAAGACCCUCUACACAAGGACAGGUGCUCAGCUUUGGCUAGGAGUGGCAGCCCAGAGGUUUCUAAUCCAUCAUAAUUAAUAUAGCUUAGUGACAUUUCUGAUAGUGAGCCACUUAGAUUGGCCUCAGGAUCACCUGGGUCUGAGAUUUACCCCCCUGGGGGACCCUUGGCCACAAAAAUCAAUCUUGUUGCUGAGGGUCAGAAAUCAAGCCACCAAAGGGGAAAGUACAAGUUCAUUAACUUGGAAGUUUGGAAAGCAAUUCCUAAUGGCUUCACCCUGGGUCUCUGCUGCACCAAAACCUAGGAUAGUUGCCAAGUACUGAGUAAUUCAUACUCUUGGGGAGCUUUGAUCUCUGGUGGAAAUUCUUGUUGUGUCCUAUGAGGUGAGCAGUAGUGGUUUUAGUUCACAGAAGCAGAAAUGAACCCACAGGGCUCAAACUUCAUGCCCGUGACACUGGUAAAUGAUGGGGUUUGGUUUGCAUCUAGGUUGGCUGGACUCCAGAGCCAUUGGUUUCCUCCACAGAUCCUUCUUUAAACUUAAUCUUCCUGGAAGACCCAACGCCCCAAACCCCGGGUCUUAGAGUUUCCUGAAUUGUUCUCACCAGUGUCUAGAGGUAGUAGCUCUGCUCCCUCGUUUCCUCCCCAGUGAAAGCCACAGUGGUGUUCCCGUGGUUGUUCCCUCUUUUUGUCCCUUUCUUUCCAUGCUUUGGCCCCUGAUGAAAGCCGAGUCAGAGACAUGCUUCCCCUUGGCUCCCGAUGCCUCUCGGAGGGGGGGGCGGGGGGGAGCCCUCCUUGGCUGCAUCCGUUAGUCACUCCCUGGUGAGUCCCCCCCUCCCAUGGGGCGGGGAGCCCAGGGCAGCCCGGAGGCAGUGGACUUUUGGCCCGUUUCGUUUAUUCCCUACAUCUCAUCAACAUCUGCCGCGGGCUCUCGCCUCAUUCCUCUGACUGACCUGCAGGGAAGCAGAAACCUAGAAAGAGGCAAGGAAGGAAGAAACUUGGAGAAAGACCUGAGGCUGAGGAAGAGGCCAGGGCUGCAGCUGGUCUUCCACCCUUCCCCUCUCUCUUCCCACCUUAGCCAAAGCCCCUCAAGGUCCCCUGGGGCUCAGCCCUUCUCCUUCUGGGGCCCCUGGUGCCCCUCAGGGCCUGCAUCCCACCAUGUCAGUGGCUGUGGAGACCUUUGGCUUCUUCCUGGCAGCCGCGGGGCUGCUGAUGUUGGGGGUGACUCUGCCACACAGCUACUGGCGAGUGUCCACUGUGCACGGGAAUGUCAUCACCACCAACACCAUCUUCGAGAACCUCUGGCACAGCUGCGCAACUGACUCCAUGGGAGUCUACAACUGCUGGGAAUUCCCGUCCAUGCUGGCCCUCUCCGGGUACAUCCAGGCCUGCCGGGCACUCAUGAUCAUCGCCAUCCUCCUGGGUAUCCUGGGCUUCUUCUUGGGCAUGGUGGGGCUGCGCUGCGCAAACAUUGGGGGCGUCAUGCUCUCCAGGAAGGCCAAGCUGGCAGCCACUGCAGGAGCCCUACAUAUACUGGCUGGUUGCUGCGGGAUGGUGGCCAUCAGUUGGUACGCCUCCAACAUCACCCGGGACUUCUUCAACCCCUCAUACUCCGGAACCAAAUAUGAGCUGGGCUCUGCGCUCUACCUGGGCUGGAGUGCCUCCCUGUUGGCCAUACUGGGCGGUGCCUGUCUCUGCUCCAACUGCUGCAAGGCCCCCGACCAGGACCCUGCUACCAGCACCCGGCUCUCCUACAAGGCCCCUACAGUGCGGUCUGCUGCCCUUGCUGCCCACCUGCCCCCCACAGCCUCGGAUGGAGACAGCGACAACAGCUUUGGCAAAUACGGGAAAAACGCUUACGUGUAGAAGCCCUGGACUGUAGGUCCUAUUCCCCUCCCACUGCCCCCAGUGGAAAGGGAUCCUUCUAAUCCAGGGCAGCAGGUGCAGACUGCUGCCUGCUGUUACCACCUCAGGGCCAAUCCACACCUGGAGCUCCACCUUGGGCCUGGAUGCCACACCCUGCUCAGGCCCUGCCUCCUCAGUCGGAGCUCCUCCCCGGCCAUGCUUCCCUGCUCGGGCCUAAGAACCUGCCUCCUGAGGACUCACUUCAGACUCGUGAGACUGGACCCAAACCCUCUUUAUCUUCUGAGUCUGGGGUCUGGGCGGCUAGGCAGGUGGGGACGACUCCAAGCGUUUGCAUUCCAUAUAAAAACAUGCAUCAAUUUGUAUUGUGGACUGUUCAGGGGCUGAGAGUGUCAUGAAGCAGUUGGUCAAGCAAGGGGUGACUGGGGAGGCACCCAGAGUCAUCUCAGUUCUUGGACACGACUGUCACCUGUCCCCCUUCCAUCGCCUUUGGACUGUCUGAUCCAGCGAAACAGAGGCAGGGGUGCAAGUGAUUUCAAGAGUGUGGCACUCUUAUAAUUACUGAUAGGAGUCACCAAGGAGCAGACUGGGAAGACCCAGCUGGAGGAAACUGGCCAGCUUGAGAUAACAAGUCAUUCCUUUUACUCUCAACCUUUCUUCACAGCUGUACAAGGACACAGGUGGUCUAGAGCAGUUUCUUUGUCUGGACCUGAGAGUGGGUGUCGGAAAUUGACCAGCCCUUUGAAAUUGUGUCAAAUCAAGGGUCCAGUGCAGGCAUUUUUCUGGGGAAGGUUUGGUAACUUCCAGAAAAGACCCUGAAGGUUCAUUCACAGAGGCUUGCCUGUUAGUGGCAUGUGUAUGACUUCGUGAUGUCCAGCUCAGACACAGCGCUGGAUCACGGGCAGGGAUGGCACAGGGAACUCAGCAGACCUGGUACCCACUUAAGACUGUAAAAUGAGGCCACAAGAAAGAAGCCUGGCAUCUAGUGGAAGGAGGUAAUAAGACCUUUUGCUGGUAUCUUCCCCUGUGGCACUGGCUAGGGCCACUUAGGGGUGGCCUGGGUUCUGACCUCAGCCCCUUCUGCUUCCCCAUUCAUCCCAUCUGCUCCUGGGAUGUAAAGACACUCACACCCGCACUCUAACUGGGCCCACUCACUGGAGCUUCAGAUGAGCACCUGCUGGGUCUUUUCACAGGCUGGGCAAAUUCAUUACUUCCCCCCACAUCCACAGUUCCUGUCAUUCCUAUUACCUAUCACCAGCCUCUCGGUCAACAGACUGACAACUUCAAUCAUCUCUGGCUUCUCUCUUCACUUCCCUUCUGCCACUUCCUCCCCUCAGUUGGUUGCCAAAUCCUGUUCUCCCUCCAGUUUUCACAUCCUACUUCUCUCCUUUUACUGCCUGAUGCUGGGUCAGGCCUUCAUCCUCCCUUGCCCAGACUCAUCACAGGACUUCCCUAAUUGAGCUUCUUGCCCAUGUUUCUCUACUGGAGCAUCAUUCAUUGUCCUGCCCUGGCAGCUCCCUGGUGGCUUAGGGGGAAAAGACAAGACCUUGUCAUACUGCCUGGCACUGGCCCACCCUUCUGUCCCCACUGUCUACUAUUCCUCUGUACAGCCUUGCUCUCCCAGCAAGCUGGACUGCUCCACUGGCCUUGGACACUUACAUCAGGGCUUCCCACCAGGCUCUACCCAGAAACACUGGUAUGUUUGAGCUGUUCCUGUAUAUGAAAGUUUCCAUGGCCAAGAAGUCCAAAAAAUUCUGUCUAUCCUAUGCCCUUCUGUUUGUGGACAGUUUGUGGAUGUCCCACGGCCAAGCCAGCUCCCCAAGUCCAAAGCCCACAUGGAAGGGACUGCGCAGAGCACAGACACUGGGAAGGUUCGUGGGGGCCCUCAGUGUAACAAUCUACUAUGGCAAGUACCGGGCUGCCUUACUGGCUUUGUUAGCAAACCAAUAGUAGGCUUCUCUCUAUGGUGUAACAGACAUUAUCGUACACCAAGCAGAACCUGCGAGACACAGAGCUUAAAAAGGGUCUUACAAUUCCAAAAGGCUCCAAAAGCACAAGGAUGCCACCUGUGCACCCCGCAGUGAAGGACAGAAGCCAGUUACGACUCCUGAUGCUGCCACCCAGGCUCCUCCAACCCAGACUCUCCCCCUGCCCCACCCACGGCUUCUACCUCCUUUCCCCAACUCCACCCUGCCUCUUCUCAUCUCCUCCCCUUUUCAGGAAAACUAACUUUAACCAGGUCUCACAUUUGAGCAUUUAAAUAUGUGGCUUAGAGCGGUCAACAGAGUAAUUAUUGAUUUCUUUGUCCAUUAGUCAUGGUCACAUGGUUCUAAAGGGCUAUUGACACACCCCUCAUAGCACAUUCUUCUUUUCUAGAAGGUAGAGCACUGAGACAUGACCCCUGCUUUCAAAAAAUCACAAGCUGAAAGCAGAAAGAAAUGUCAACAGCUAGUUACCAUACAAUGAGCAAGACGCUGAGGCUAUUCCAAGGAACCCUCCAGUUUUUGAGGGAACUCGUGAAAAAGCCCCACAAUGAACUGGUUUAGGUCUUGGGCAAUGAGGUCAACAGCUGUCGUUCACUGAGUGAGUACUUUCCAGACACGGGCAGGUGCACUGCCUCAUCUAACCCUCACAGUAUCUGGCGGGUGAGAGGCACAGAAUGAGAGGCACAGUGACCUAUCCAAGCUACACAGUUAGCGAGUAGUAAGACCAAGAUUUGUCAAAAACUGAAGACACAAUUGGCCUGCUGCCCAGAAUUCCUGGCUCUCCAAAUUAAUUCACAUCAAUUCAAUUCAGUGCUCAUGGAGGUCUUUAGCUGUGAGCCCUGCAAGUCUCUAGCCUCCCAGACCCUACCAUUCACCUCUUCUGGUGCUCCAUCACACAAUAUUGGCUCUAGCCUCUAGAAGCUUUUGGUAUAGUGUAGGUUUCCCAAAGGCCCGGGUGUCUCCCAAAGUCUCCACUAGUAUCCAGGAAGCUGGCAAAACUAGUUCAAGGCUUUUCUUGAGGAGCUAUGGUUCUAAAUGGGGGUCUGGAGAUCCUUCCUAGAGAGUGUGAAUGGGUGAUUUAUGGAGACAAUCAGCAUCAGAGCAAGGGAAGGCCCCUGGGGUCUGGUUCAGUCUUAUUAAGGUUGGUUGGGGAAGACUGUGUCAUUGAAUAGACAAAUCUUACCCCAAGCAGAGCCUGUGUGGUUCUUCAUAACAACAAAGUGUGUCUGCUCCAUGCUACUGAGGACACGGCUAGGAACUCAAAUGGCUGAGGCUGAUGUUGGUGCCUUAGGGCCAAGAUCAUCACAUCUUCACUCCCAUGAUAGGAGUCUGGACUGGGAUGGCUUAGAAGCCUGGCCAACUGCACCUAUAUCCGGGAGCACCUGCCCGUGGCCUCUCCCUGUGGCCUGGGCUUCCUCACAGCACGGAUUUUUUACAUGGCAGCUAGGGGCUCCAAAAGCAAGUGUCCCAGGGACAAGGCAGGAGCUGCACUGCCUUUGAUCACCUAGCCUUGAAUGUCUCAUGGUUUCACUUCUGCCACUCAACUGGUUGAAGCAGUCCUAAACUAAACCUACCUGCAUCCUGGAGAAAGGGGACAAAGACCUCGCCUUUAAUGGAAGAAUAGUCAAAAAAUGUACAGCCAUCUUUU